AUGCUCUUCAAUUUAUCGAUACCGGAAGUUAAUGAGGAACGGAACCGAAUGGAACUACAGGAAUCAUUAAUAAAAGAAGCGGAUAAAGAACAAAUAGCAUCGCCUAUUAUACCAAUCCAAGGAGUGAGUGCUGAACAAGGAUCACAGCAUCCUGUAUCUCCAAAAAAGAAGUGGUUGAAAAGAUAUCUGAUGAAUCAUACCGAUGAAAAGCUACGUAGUUAUUCGGAAUGCAACAAAACUCUCUUUCAAUCAUCCGAUCUGAAAAGGCCUUUGAUAAAUCUUGCCGGUGAAAAAUCGCUCGGUUGUCCGAAAUGCAAAAAAAAUUUCUCUCGACCAUCGGAUUUGAAAAGACAUGUGAGGAUUCAUACUGGUGAAAAGCCGUACAAGUGUUCAGAAUGUGGAAGACCUUUCUCUGAUUCAUCGGAUCUUAAAAAACAUUUGAAGAUUCAUACCGGUGAAAAGCCGCACGGUUGUCUUAUAUGCAAAAAAAGUUUCUCUCGAUCACUGGAUCUGGAAAGACAUAUGAGGAUUCAUACCAGUGAAAAACCGCACAGUUGUCCCAUAUGCAAAAAGAAUUUCUGUCGAUCACCGGGUUUGGAAAGACAUAUGAGGAUUCAUACCGGUGAAAAGCUGUGCGGUUGUCCGCAAUGCAAAAAAAAUUUCACUCAAUCAUCGGAUUUGGAAAGACAUAUGAGGAUUCAUACCGAUGAAAAGCCUUACAAUUGCACAGAAUGUGAAAAACGUUUCUCCGAUCCAUCAGCUUUUAAAAGUCAUAUGAGGAUCCACACUGGUGAAAAGCCGCACGGUUGUUCCGUAUGCGAGAAAAGAUUUUCUCGAAAAAGUGUUUUGAAUAGGCACGUGAAAACUCAUCGCAAAGAGAUUUCUUCAUCCAAUUGA